GAAACUCGAGGUCGUAUGCGUAGCGGUAAGCCAGCGGGCACAGCCAGUCAGUCGCGUUCCAGCCGUCGCGGUGGAAGGUGUUCGUUGCCUCUCUUCUCUAACUUUCGUGCGGACUCCGUUCGUUUCCUAUUUCAUAUCAAAACAAAUGGAUUGUCCUUGCCUCCACGUGACACGUUGUGCGAACGUAUCAGUGUUAUCUCGCGUGUCUACCCGAUAAAUCAAGUGUGUCCUUCGUCGUGGAUCGAACGUUGUGCGAACAAGUUGCUGCGUUACGCAAUCUCUUCGUUCAUUCGCAGCACGCGGGAAACUCUACAAACCUGCGGUGAAUCUUCCUCGCGUCGUGUUUAUUUUUUUGCUGUCACGCGGUCGUCCCGAGAACGCGCUCGGGAAACGUCAAUAGCUCGACACGACACGUGGCCGAGCAGUAACGAGGGGAAACUUUCGAAAAUUCUAAAGUGGACAUGCGUAUCAAAGAUCGGGCUGAGGCUGCACACCGAUGACGCACGAAUCGGUGACGAGGUGACGAGUACGACGACGACGACGACGAGCACCACGGAGCCACACGAGUCGGAGGGAACGAAUCGAGGAAUCAUGGCUAAAAGCGCGGAGAGGUUGCCCGGCACCUCGACCAGGUUAAGAACCAGAGACGACGGCUGCUGCUCGGUCAAUUUCCUGAAAUACGUUCUGCACAUUUACAACGUGGUGUUAUUCUUGUCUGGACUGGUGGUGGGCGGGAUCGGUAUCUGGACGGUGAUUUCGAAGCACAGCUACGUGUCCCUAAUGACGACCUCCACGUAUCCGACGUUAGCCUACGCUUUGAUCGUCGCAGGUGUCCUGGCUGUGGUCGGUAGCUGGCUCGGAUGCGGCGGUGUAACUUCUGAAAAUAGAUGCGUACUUCUCAUAUACGUGUUCGUGGUGAUGCUGGUGUUCGUGCUGGAGGCGGGUGUCGGUGCCUUGGCGCGUCUCUACGAGGAACAAGUCAGUCCUGAAUUGAAGAUGAACCUUAAUCGCACCUUCCUCGAGAACUACGCCGUGAGGCGCAGGGAAACUUCGGCGAUCGACCAGAUGCAGAUAGAGUUCAAAUGCUGCGGUGCCCUGAGAUUCGAGGACUGGAUGGUGAGCGAGUGGCACAAGGACGAGAAUGUCCUCAAGAAUGGGAGCCUCGUGCCGGAUAGCUGUUGCAAGACACCGACCUUCCUCUGCGGAAGGAGGGAUCAUCCGUCUAACAUCCAUUACACGGGUUGUAUCUACAAGUUUCUCGAGACGACGAAGGAUCACCUGAUCAUCCUCGGGGCUGUUGGCCUGGGAUUGUCGGUCCUCGAGCUGUUCGGCAUCGUGCUCGGCUCGUGCCUCUACAUAAAGCUCAGGCACGACUUCGACGACUGAGAACUGGUGCAAACACAGGAGAGCAAC